GCUUUUGCAUAUGCGCUCCUCCUCAAUCAAAACCGUCCUCUCGUGAUCUCUCGCGAUAUUAGAGGAUGAGCCACGGAUCCAACAUGGCGGAAGAGGAGGUGCAGAAAUUGCAGAAGCACCUUGCUCUGCUCAGGCAGGAGUAUGUGAAGAUGCAACAGAAGCUGGUGGAAACGGAGAGGCGGUGCUCCGUAUUGGCCGCACAGGUCUCUCUCCCUGGCUCCGCCUCUCAGGCCAGUGACUCCUUCAUCAGCCGCCUCUUGGCUAUCGUAGCGGACCUCUAUCAGCAAGACCAGUACAGUGAUUUAAAGGUGAAGAUUGGAGAGAAGCAGCUCAGUGCUCAUAAAUUUGUGCUGGCUGCUCGGAGUGACGUCUGGAGUUUGGCCAACCUUGCCUCAACAUCAGAACUGGACCUCUCAGAUGCCAAACCAGAAGUUGCUCUGGCGAUGUUGCGCUGGGUUUACACAGAUGAGCUUGAGUUGAAUGGGGACGAUGGCUUCCUUAUCGACCUUAUGAAGUUAUCCAACCGCUUUCACCUGCAUCUUCUGCGAGAAAGAUGUGAAAAAGGUGUGAUGUCGUCAGUGAAUGUGAGGAACUGUAUCAGAUUUUACCAGACAGCUGAAGAGCUCGAUGCCGCGACAUUGAUGAACUAUUGUGCAGAGAUCAUUGCCAGUCACUGGGAUGACCUUCGGAAAGAGGACUUCAGUACCAUGGAUGCUCAACUGCUCUAUAAAAUGAUCAAGUCCAAAACAGAGUACCCCCUUCACAAAGCAAUAAAAGUGGAAAGAGAAGAUGUGGUCUUCCUUUAUCUAAUAGAGAUGGACGCCCAGUUACCUGGAAAACUGAACGAGAUGGAUAAUAAUGGAGACUUGGCACUAGGUCUGGCUCUGUCUAAGAAGCUAGAGAGCAUCGCCACCACACUGGUCAACAACAAGGCGGAUGUAGACAUGGUGGACCAGAGUGGCUGGAGUCUUCUACACAAAGCUAUCCAGAGAGGAGAUGAAUUUGCUUCCACUUUUCUGAUCCGUCACGCCGCACAGGUGAACGCAUCAACGGUGGGGGCGGUAGAGACGCCCCUGCACCUGGUAUGCUCCUUCAGCCCUAAGAAACACAGUGGAGAAGUCAUGACUGGCAUGGCUCACAUCGCUGAAGCUCUGCUCAAAGCUGGUGCCAACCCUAACAUGCAAAACAGCAAAGGACGAACGCCUUUACAUGAAGCCGUGGUGUCUGGAAACGAGCCGGUCUUUAACCAGUUGCUUCAGUGCAAACAUUUGGACCUGGAUUUGAAGGAUCAUGAAGGCAGCACCGCCCUGUGGUUGGCCCUGCAGUACAUCACUGUGGCCUCUGACCCCUCCGUAAACCCUUUCAGAGACGAAGCACCGGUCGUGAACGGGACCUCGUUUGAUGAGAACAGCUUUGCAGCGCGACUCAUACAGAGAGGAAGCAAUCCUGACGCUCCAGACUCUAAAAUAAACUGUCUCAUGCAGAGAGCAGCUAUUGCAGGAAGUGAAGCAGCUGCCAUCUUCCUGGCAACACACGGAGCUAAAGUCAAUCACACUAACAAAUGGGGGGAGACGCCGCUCCAUACAGCAUGUCGUUGUGGGUUGGCAGGCCUGACGGCAGAGUUGCUUCAACAGGGUGCGAAUCCUAACCUGCAGACCAACAGCGCCCUGCCUGACGGCACAGAGAAGAGCAAUGGAGUUGCUCGGCAGAGCCCACUACACCUGGCCAUCGCUCACAACCACCCUGAUGUGGUGUCUGUCAUACUAGAGCAAAAAGCCAAUGCACUACAUGCCACCAACAACUUGCAGAUCAUCCCAGACUUCAGCCUUAAAGACUCCAUGGAUCAGACUGUCCUGGGUCUUGCACUGUGGACUGGUAUGCACAAUAUUGCUGCACAGCUUCUGGGUUCUGGAGCAUCCAUUAAUGACACCAUGUCUGAUGGACAAACGUUACUGCACAUGGCCAUUAAGAGACAAGACAGCAAGAGCGCCCUCUUCCUGCUGGAGCACCAAGCUGACAUCAAUGUCAGGACGCAGGAGGGGCAGACAGCUCUGCAGUUAGCCAUUAGUAACCAACUCCCAUUGGUGGUGGAUGCCAUCUGCACCAGAGGAGCUGAUAUGUCGGUGGUAAAUGAGAAGGGUGAUCCACCACUCUGGCUUGCACUGGAGAACGGUCUGGAGGACAUCGCCUCAACACUGGUCAGGCAUGGCUGUGAUGCGACCUGCUGGAGUUCAGGGCCUGGAGGAUGUCAGCAGACUCUGCUCCAUAGAGCCAUCGAUGAGAACAACGAGAUCUCUGCCUGCUUCCUCAUACGCAGUGGCUGUGAUGUAAAUAGCCCCAGACCUGGUCCUAAUGGUGAGGGUGAUGAGGAGGCGAGAGACGGACAGACCCCACUUCACCUAGCUUCAUCCUGGGGUCUUGAUGAGGUGGCACAGUGCCUUCUGGAGUUUGGAGCCAAUGUGAACGCACAGGAUGCAGAGGGCCGUGCUCCUAUCCAUAUCGCCAUCAGCAACCAGCACAGCGUCAUCAUUCAGCUGCUCAUCUCCCACCCUGAUAUCCGCCUGAAUAUUCGAGACAGACAGGGCAUGACACCGUUUGCCUGUGCCAUGACCCACAAGAAUAACAAAGCUGCUGAAGCUAUUCUCAAGAGAGAACCUGGUGCUGCCGAACAGGUGGACAACAAAGGUCGCAACUUCCUGCAUUGUGCCGUGCAGAAUUCAGACAUAGAAAGUGUGCUCUUCCUCAUCAGUGUUCAGGCCAACGUGAACUCUAGAGUUCAGGACAGUGCCAAACUUACACCUCUGCACCUGGCCGUGCAAGCAGGAUCCGAGAUCAUCGUCAGAAACCUGCUUCUGGCUGGUGCUAAAGUAAACGAGCUGACCAAACAUCGGCAGACAGCGCUGCAUCUUGCUGCACAACAGGAUCUUUGCACAAUCUGCUCCGUCUUGAUCGAGAACGGCGUUGACUUUACCGCCAUAGACGAGAAUGGAAACAAUGCACUCCACCUGGCAGUGAUGCAGGGGCGUCUGAACAACGUGCGCGCUCUUCUCACCGAGUCCAACAUCGAUGCGGAGGCGUACAAUCUCAGAGGUCAAUCCCCAAUGCAUGUCCUCGGUCAGUACGGGAAGGAGAAUGCGGCGGCCAUCUUUGAGCUGUUUUUAGAAUGCAUGCCCGAGUAUCCCCUGGAUAAACCUGACAAUGAGGGGAACACAGUUCUACUAUUAGCCUAUAUGAAAGGAAACGCAAACUUGUGUCGUGCUAUCGUGAGGUCUGGAGCUAGACUUGGUGUCACUAACAACCAAGGCAUCAGCAUCUUCAACUAUCAGGUUGCCACAAAGCAGCUUCUGUUCCGCCUACUAGAUAUGCUGACCAAAGAGCCCCCAUGGUGUGAUGGAUCUAACUGCUAUGAAUGUGCCACCAAAUUUGGGGUCACCACCAGAAAACAUCACUGCCGCCAUUGUGGGCGUCUGCUCUGCUAUAAGUGCUCAAUAAAAGAGGUCCCCAUUAUUAAAUUUGACCUGACCAAACCUGUGCGUGUAUGCGACAUCUGCUUUGAUGUACUGACAUUGGGCGGCGUGUCCUAACACGGGAGACAAAUGAAGGACCGGCACCAGCCACGCUGAGCAUGAACCUGCAGGCUGGGCCAGGAGGUUGAAGAAAUGGAGCGAGAUUGAGAGAAAGAGCCCUUGAACAAAACCAUUCCAUUCAGAAAAAUACAACCGUAACUGUGUGUGUUUGUUCUAGCAGUACUUUUUAGAAGCGAACUAUUGUUUGUUGAGGAGUUGGAUAAAAAAUAGUGGAAUUCCGAUGCAAACAAAAGUUGUAGUACCAAGUUCAGCUUUUAUCUGGGAUGUCGGUGGCAAAAACAAAGAGUGAGAUCAUACAAGACAACCAUCAUCUACUACUACUAAAGUAAAAACAAUAAGCUGAGACCACUGGGGAUUUAGACAGGGCUAAUCGUCCUAUCAUAUAUGGAUUUAAUUUUUGCCUCGCAUUUCAAAUCCAUAAUGUAUCUUGCUGUUAACACCUUUCGGCUGUCGUUCUACAUUUUGAUUUACCCCUCCGGUUGCGGAGGGACACAUAUCAUUUAAACAUUUCAAAGAAGUCCAAGCUACCCAUUUUUUGUGUAUGUGUGUAUUUAAUGCUGCUGGAUAUGGAGGGAUCUUAGUUAGUGUGAAGCCUUAAUAGUGCUGUGCAGGGUCUCGCCUUUCAGUUUUGAAUACAUCGCCUCUCUGCAUAGGCAAAAUCAACACUAAGACAGAGGGGGAGAAAUGUAACUUCCUGUGAUCUGUCUUUUGUUAUGCGAGUACUAACAUGAUCAUUUACUCAUCGAUUAAUCUGCAUAUUCAGUGGAUUUUAUUUUAGUUGAUCCAUUACAUAAUACUAAACAUUAUAAAACACUUGAAUUGAAAUCUUACCUUGCAAAUCAUAUAUGAUGCAUAUGCAUGAGAUCAUUUGUAGCUUGUUUUUUUUUUUUGGUCAUAAUCUUGAUUUAUUAAUUUCUGAUCACCAAAAGUUACAUUCCAGUUAAUGCUUACCCUGCAGGCUAGUGCUGGAGAUUUGCUUUGUCGCUGUUUUUCCUAAGUCGUCUUAGUAGUGUAAAAUGUCAGAUUAUGUUGAGCCGUCAUAUUUUAAAUGCUUGUUCAUGUCCAUGCUUAACAGGUGCACUUUAUCAAAUUUCAUUUUUAUGAUCAUAUUUUAAGUUUGUUUGUUUGAGGGGCAGAGUCCACAGUCUGUUUGUAUUGUUAAAUUGUACAGAUGUGUAUAAUAUUUUUGACCACUACAACUGUUUUGUACUUAACGCAGGUUGUGCUUUUGUCUAUGUGACAAACUUAAAAUCUGGCCUCUGUUUAAUCUUUUCUGCACAUUGUAUGGUAUCUGUAUGCUCAGAUAUUUAGCCUGUCGCCGCCUCUAGUAUCCUUUUCAAGAAAGGGAGGACAACUUUACAUAAAGGACAACAACGAAAAA